AAUCUUGGAUAUCCUCUCUGUCGUGCGAUCACGUUUAUUCGCGUUUCACUAGCGCGUCAUUUCCGCGUUUCUUUCCCUGCAUUGAGCCCCGCUGUAGCCCGCCUCGUAUCAUCGAAGAUCCCCACAUCAUACUUACAGGCUCAGCGCGCAACGCGGGAUUCCGUCCGGAAACGCCUCAGAUCGCCUCUUCACCAAAUCUCCUCCACACAACCUCAACAGCCACGAGUCUGUGCAAUGAGCAACUCCGAUAUAUCUCCCACACCAUUGUCCAGCGCGGCGCAGUCCUCGGUCUACCCAAGCACGUCUGUGAUGGCACCAAAGUCGCUCACCCUAAUCCUUGCCGCAACGCCUUCCCUGGGCAUUGGGAAAGGCGGCGGUCUCCCUUGGCCCCAACUUAAAAAGGAAAUGGGCUACUUCGCGCGCGUCACAAAGCGAACCACUGCUACGGAGGGCGACGCUGCAGGAGCGGCUCCUGCGAAGCGACAGAGGGUGAAUGCAGUGGUCAUGGGGAGGAAGACAUGGGACAGCAUACCAGACAAAUUCCGGCCGCUGAAGGGGAGGAUCAACGUCGUCGUCACUCGAUCAGUCGACGCUUUCACAUCGGCAUUACCUCCACACGCACAAAGCGCUGCGGCCUACGAGGGCCCACUCGUCGCUGGGUCGGUUUCGGAUGCAUUAUCACAACUGCAGAGCGACAAGAUUGGCGUGGAAGUAGACAAAGUCAUUGUCAUUGGUGGUGCGAGCAUAUACGAGCAAGCGCUGCAGCUCCAGGAAGCGAAGCAUGUGCUGUUGACAAAGAUACAGAAGGAGUAUGAGUGCGAUACGUACUUCUCGGAGAAUCUUGAAGGAGACGGGUGGACAAAAGCGAGUCGAGAGGAGCUGCAGGAGUUCACGGGGGAGACGUUUGAAGAGGGCACAGAGGUCGAGGAGAAGGACGUGAAGUUUGAGUUCUGUCUGUAUAACAGGAUAAGAUGACGACUUGGUACUGGUCGAGCGAUUAGUCGACAAACAAGCUUCUCAUGUGGUGAGCUACUGUCGAUGCGGAUGAACGGCCCCUCGAUUGCCUUCACAGCGUAGGCAUGUCAGAGGCAGUUUAAGCAUACCCGACUGGGCUUUGUAAGCUGUCUCACGCCGGCUAGGAUUGUCCUGGAGUGCGAAUGCUGGCGGCAACCUCCGCAGGUGAAGCCGCAGCGAUCCGUAAUCACGUCGAGUAGUAAUCAUUCACGCGGCAUAUUUAUCACUGGUAUGGUGCA